GAAGCAGCCAGCCAGCCAUGGCCAGUAGCACUUUUGCGAGCUUUAGCAGUAAAAGGAUGGUGGCGUUGAUAAUUGCAGCGGCUGUUGCUGCGGCAGUUUAUGUUCCCGCAAAGGCUUCGGCGAAACAGUACGUAGUGGGGGACGAAAGAGGCUGGACCAACAACUUUGAUUACGCUACUUGGGCAGAGGGCAAGACGUUCUUUGUUGGUGACUCACUAGUUUUCAACUAUCCAACGGGAAAGCACAACGUGUUCAAGGUAAAUGGCACAGAUUUCCAGGACUGCACCAAGCCUCUGGCCGCUACUCCGCCACUGACCUCGGGGAGCGACGAGAUCCCGCUUAAAACCACGGGGAGGAAAUGGUACAUCUGUGGAGUUGCCGGCCACUGCGCCUCCGGUCAGAAGCUGGUCAUCACCGUCUCCGAGGGAUCUGCCCCGCCGGCGGGAUAUUCCUCCUCCGGGGUCACGAUGGUCAACAUUGGAUUUGCUGCACUUGUUCUUGUUGGCACUCUUGGGAUGCUCUUCUUCUGAAUUUGAUUUUGUUCCCCCCAGAAGAGAAUAUUUGAUGUUUGGUAUGUUUUCCAAGGGUUGUUUAUGUUUUUUGAGAGGAUACUAUCCUAAGUCAUUAUUAUUUUUGAAGUUUAGCUUUAAUCAAUAAAAGUGGAUGUUAAUUAUCAUGUUUACCUGUUGUGUUUCUCUAGAAUAACGAUUUUACAUAGAAUUAAAGCUAAUAUAUACGUUCUUACUUCUUACUCAUAAAACUGGAUGUAGUUUUGGUAGAAAAAUCAGAAAAUUGGUUGAUUAUAGUUUGACAUCAUGAAGGAAGUUGGACAUUCUCUGUGACUGUGACCCACUCACUCCUGACUUCACCAAACUACAUGAAAUGAAACAGGCCACCACACCAAACCACCUGCUCCAGCUUUGGGCUUAAGCCAGUUGCUAGCUUUGGUUAAUUCUGAUUAAAGAAUCAACAGAAAUAACUACCACCACUAUCACUUGGCAAAUAUUUUAAUUACAAUCGUGCAGAGGGCAGAAGGGAAUCUAUUAGAGUGCUGACUGCUGACACCCCACACGUGGGAACUCAGAACCAUUUCACAUGCCUUCUGAGUCGUUGGAUCUUAGUUUCAAAUGGUUAUCAUGUUAAUUACCAAAUCGUCCAAAUUAAUACACACUAAAAGUAAUUAAAUUAAAAUUUAAUC